AUGGCUGACAAGAAAUCAGUACCUUUUGACGAAACCAAAAUUAAUUACCUCAAGGGUUACGAAUGCCUGGUUGAAGCUAGUGCAGCUUUAAAUAAUUAUUUUGGAGCAAAAUUAUUAAUUUUGUUAUUUGGAGCAUCUCUUUAUCUGUUAAUAACUCCUUACGAUUUAUAUAUUGAGAUUUUAAACCAACAAUAUAGGUUUAUUUUUUUGCAAGUGCUAUGGAUGAUUGGACACUUAUGGAGACUGCUACUGUUAAUUGAACCAUGUAACUCAGUAGCUCAUGAGGUUCAGAAGAUGUCAUUCAUUGUAUGCAAGAUGUUAAGUCACAAAAGUGACAUAAAAUUUAAUGAAAAGCUUCAAGUAUUACUUUUAAUGUUGCAUCAUUGCCCUAUCAAAUUUACAUCAUGUAAUAUGGUUUCCAUAGACAGGAAUUUGUUAACUUCGAUCGCAGGAGGUGUUACAACGUACUUGGUAAUCCUUUUUCAAUUUGGUGGAUAAACCAGGCAGUUUGUCUUAAAAUCUUAUGACUAAGCUUUUGAAUUUUAAUAUAAAAACACAUUCUAAUGUUUGUCUUUU